AUGAAACCCUAUAUGCGUGUCUACACCAUCCCCAUUGAGGCGGCGGCUGAAAUUGCUCGGAUUAACACAAGUCGGGCUUCCGAGGGUCAGCUGCUGUCAGCCGAGAAGUCUUCCGGUCAAGCACUCCACCAGCCGAACGCCACUCAAUCCAGCCUGACAACUGGCGGUGGCCGGUCCGCUGUCGCUGCUGCCGGCAGCAGUAGUAAGACCAAGCACUCUCCUCACCACCGUCCCCACGGGGACCAGAAACAAGCGCCUCUGGUGGGAAGGAGUAAGCACCAAAUCACAGAUGAGGAGGUCUAUUCUUGUCUGAAACAACUCGUAACUCAGGGCAGUCCCAACGAAAAGUAUCGGAAAAUGGAGAAAAUCGGCCAGGGGUAUGCCCCUCUUCUUACUUUUCUUUGCUCUCUUUAA